UGACUAUGCAGAAGAAAUAGCCGGGAGUGAGUAAGACAGUCAGUUUUCUCUUCCCGGACAGCCAGAGAUUUACCCCGCUGCUUCAAACUACCCACCCACUUUAGUCCCGCUUCUGUCCCGCUUCGGUCCCGGUGGAGUGGCUUAUACGAGCGGAUCUGGAACAGCGGAACCAGCGCUGGGCUUCUUGAUCCACCGAACAGCUUAUAUUUCUGCCAACGGGCUUCUUUCGCUUUACAGAGACCCGGUACAUGCGAAUGACGAGAGCGUAGUGAUUCCGUUUUUUAUCAGUGUUGUUUCUUUUCCUAACGAUGACGGACUGCUGCUGGUUUCGUUGCUAAUAUUAUAAUCGCUUUAAAAAAGUGAGCGGACAAACAUAAAGUUUUGAGUGAGUUUAGUGAGAUUUGCGUAAAGAAGAGGAGAGGGAAGAGGAUAGAGUCCCCCCACAUGAGGGCGAGAUCUGACUGAACUUCAUUUAGCCAUUCACACAAUAUGAAGAAAUGUCUGAGGAGACAGAGUUGGAUGUGAGAGGCGGUGUGGUGUGGAGAGAACGAGAUCGAGAGAGGGCACGCGAGUCCACGGCCAGAGCCAGCAGCAGGAGCAGCAGCAGCAGCAGCGGUGCAGGGGGAGGAGGAGGAGAAGAAGGAGAAAGCUCCAUGCAGUUCAGCACCAGACCGGCCAGCGCUGAGCCGGGCUUCAUGGGGACAUGGACACAGCAGAGCACUGACAGCAACCUCCUCUUCAGAAUGUCCCAGCAGGCCAUCCGCUGUACUCUGGUAAACUGCACAUGUGAGUGUUUCCAGCCUGGCAAAAUCCACCUGCGGACAUGUGACCAGUGCAAGCAUGGAUGGGUAGCGCAUGCACUAGACAAGCUGAGCACACAGCAUUUGUACCACCCGACGCAGGUGGAGAUCGUGCAGUCCAAUGUGGUGUUUGACAUUAGCAGUCUGAUGCUGUAUGGGACUCAGGCAGUACCUGUGAGAUUGAAGAUCCUACUGGACCGUCUGUUCAGUGUCCUUAAACAGGAAGAGGUUCUACACAUUCUUCAUGGCCUGGGCUGGACUCUGAGAGACUACGUUAGAGGCUACAUAUUACAGGAUGCUGCAGGCAAGGUUCUGGACAGGUGGACUAUAAUGUCUCGGGAAGAGGAGAUCAUCACACUGCAACAGUUUCUGCGCUUUGGCGAAACAAAGUCUAUUGUGGAAUUGAUGGCCAUUCAGGAAAAAGAAGGUCAGGCAGUCACAGUGCCCUCAUCAAAGACUGAUUCUGGCAUUAGAACUUUUAUUGAAAGCAACAAUCGCACACGUAGUCCUGGCCUUUUAUCACACCUAGAAAACAACAGCCCUUCUAGCAUUCACCAUUUUGAGAACAUCCCAAACAGUUUGGCUUUCUUGCUGCCCUUCCAGUACAUCAACCCCAUGUCAGCCCCAAUGCUAGGGCUUCCACCAAAUGGACUUAGCAUUGAGCAAUCAGGUCUGAGAAUGAGGGAGCCAAAUCUGCCAAAUCAGAGUGACCCAGUGGAGGCCAGCGAAUCUGAAGUUUCACUCUCACCAUUUCAUAGUGGUCAAAGCCCCAGUCGAGGAGUAAUGGGCACCUUACCCAAUGCCAUCGAACCUAAGACAGAACCCAACAGAGCUUCUCCUAUCUCUCCAACACCAUCUACACUGCAGUCCCAGCAACCACAGACACCAACACAACAAACCCAGGGGCAACAACAGUCAAGUUCUCUGAACAACCACCAGAUCCAUCACCAUUUUGAAAAGAAUGAACAGUCAAAAACUAUAACACACUCUUCUUUCUCCUCCAAAAUGCAUCGCAUACGUCGCAUGGGUGCGACAUCACGUAAGGGUCGUGUCUGCUGCAACUCCUGUGGCAAGACUUUCUACGACAAGGGUACUUUAAAGAUCCACUACAAUGCUGUGCAUCUGAAGAUUAAGCAUCGUUGUACUAUUGAAGGCUGCAAUAUGGUCUUCAGCUCUCUGCGUAGUCGUAACCGACAUAGUGCUAAUCCCAAUCCUCGCCUACACAUGCCUAUGCUGAGGAACAACCGGGACAAGGACCUCAUUCGCUCCAGCUCUGGGACAGCCACUCCUGUCAUAUCAAGUACCAAAAGUGGCUUCAACCUAACUAGCCCAGGACGGCCACCAUUAAGCUUUGCCACCCCUCCUCUUGAGCCUAUGAUACAGUCACCUCUGCAGAGUCCACUUGUAUUCCCUUCUUUAAAGUCUGUGCAGCCAGUGCAACCUGUGCCUCCCUUUUAUCGUACACUACUCUCUCCUGCUGACCUAGUUAGCCCCCCAGUCUCUCUGCCUACCAGUCCAAUUUUGCCUACAGCAGCCAACAGCACAUCUCUUACAGACCAGCAACAGAUGUUAGCUGUUAGCUCCCUCAGCAUGCAUGUAUCCGAAACAUCACCAUUCUCUCAUCGCUUACCCACAAAUCACAGUACCCACGAUUCCAUUAUUCUUGAUCCUAUGCCUAAAAAGAAGCCUCGCAAGUCUAGCAUGCCAGUAAAGAUAGAGAAAGAGGUGAUAGAUGUUGCAGAUGAUUAUGAUGACAAAGAUGAGGAUGAUGAUGAUGGAGAUAGUUGUCAUCAUCACCAUCAUCAACCAUCCAGCAUCCAUAAUGUUAAUGGCAACUGCAACAACAACAAUAAUGGCAGUAGCAGCAGCAGUCAUCAUUGUGGUGGUAGUGGACAUGAGUCUCCAUCACACGAUGAAAUGAGUCCCAGUCAAGCACUUAGAGGCAUGCUCCAUCCUGAACAAGAAGAGUGCACUGGCAGUCAUGGUGGUAGAGGCCAUGGUGACCUACGCUGUAUUGACAGCUUUACCUCUGAGGACCAAGAUCAUGAACGAGACUUUGAAAAUGAGUCAGAGACAUCUGAAUCCAAAAUGCUGUACCGCGACGAGCUGAUGGACACUGACAUACAUCAGACUGCACUGGGGAAAAAUCUGGAUAAGGAACACCAGGGGGCAGAAGAUGACCAACAUCUCGGAAAAGAUUUGGAUGAACACAGCCAUUCCCCACCCUCCCAACACCAGCCUGUUAUCAAAAUCAAAGAAGAGAUCAAUGAUCCUACUUAUGACAUGUUUUGCAUGGGUCAGUACAGCCUUUACAAUGGAGGUAUGGCAGCUGCUGCUGCAGCUGCUGCCAGCAUGGCUGCCUUACAUGAAAGUUUCAUCUCCUCUAUGAGCUAUGGAACAAGUACACCAAAGUUCCCCUCCCAGUCACCUGAGGGUGAUCUCUGCUCUAGUCCUGAUCCCAAAAUCUGCUACGUCUGCAAAAAGAGCUUUAAAAGUUCCUACAGUGUCAAACUGCACUACAAGAAUGUUCACCUAAAAGAGAUGCAUGUGUGUACUGUCUCUGGAUGCAAUGCUGCUUUCCCCUCCCGGCGGAGCAGAGAUAGACAUAGCUCCAACAUCAAUCUGCAUCGCAAACUACUGACCAAAGAGCUGGAUGACAUUGUCUUGGACCCCCAGCUUACAACCUUGCCUAAACAGCUGCGUGCUGAGUUCCUGUCAAAGAUCUAUGCCGACCACCACACAGAACUGGAGGGUGUGAGGAGUUUUGACAGUGGACCACCAGAAAGCAGAAGACAUGAUGGAAUGAGAUCCCAAGUCGCUAGAGAAUAUUCACACAGCAACGGCUAUUGCCAUGGCCCCAAUGAUGACUAUGUGGUUCUGGACCUGAGCACUGCCUCUAGUGUACAGUCAAGUGGCAGUGUGCAAUCCUCACAAGAGUCUGAUGAGGGCAGUGAUGAGGGAAUUCUGCUGGAUGACCUAGAGGAUGCUAGUGACACUGAGGACUGCACCCCAAGUGCUGGGGCUCAGAGACUGUCAAUGGAGGGGAAGAAUAGGGAGGAUGCCGGGAAGGAAGAAAGAGAAGGAGACACAGAUGAAAGGAUUCUGCACUAUGACCCCUCUGUUUCACCAUCAAUCUUGGCAUCCAGUGGAGGUAAUGGCACAGGAGGCAUUCUUUGCACCAUCUGCCACAAACUGUAUAGUAACAAAGGGACUCUCCGAGUGCACUACAAGACUGUCCACCUCCGUGAAAUGCACAAAUGCAAAAUACCUGGCUGUAACAUGAUGUUUUCUUCUGUAAGGAGUAGAAACAGGCAUAGCCAGAACCCCAACCUACACAAAAAGGCCUCUUAUACCACAAUGAUUGAUUAGAACAUUCAUUCCUAUUUAGCCGAUUUCCUCAAGCACCGUAUCUAUAAAAGAACCCUCUCAAUUCACCCCCACCCCCAAAUGCCUUUUUUUCAGUAUUGUGACAUUUUGACAUUUUUGCUUUUGGAAGCAAGUACUGAACAAUAAGCCAUCACAGUGGCAUAACAUCAUAGUUUCCUCAGUUCCCAACACAAACUUUCCCUAAAUCUCUUAUUUGUGAGCCUUGCCUGCAGAAAUGUUGAUGAGGAAAAAACAAAACUAAAAAAACCCAAAAUAAAAACGUUUGUAUUUGUGUAAUGACAGCUUUUAAAAGAAUCCCUUACAAAAGCAUGACUGACUUAAAUAUGUAAAUACUAAUGUUGUGAGGGGCUUUGGUGUGAAACAAUUGUAUUGAUGGUUGAUAUUUUGUUCUUUUUUUGUUUGUUUGUUUUUAUUUGGUCUGAGACUUUCACUUCAAAAGAAAAGGAAGGCAAGACAAAGUAGCAUCUGCUUAGCUUGAUUCAUUUAUACUGGCUUAAAAUGUUUUAUCUUAAAAAAAGAAUUACAUGUGACUUGUGACUUGUUUUAUCUUCAUGUUAGGUAUACAGAUUGAGCUGGCAUGCUUUUAGCUCUAACAAAGUACUUUUUUCUCACAAUCAUAUCUUUAUUUAAAAAAAAGAAAGAAAUAGAAAAAAAAACAAUUUUGCACUUUGCAACUAUACUAGUGGGACUAUUAUUUCAAGGAUACCGCUUUACAAUGAUCAUUGUCCAAUGUGAACAUGACAUUUUUAAGGAUACAGUGCCAAGUGGUAUUAACUGUUCCUUUUAACAGAAACGUGCCAGAUCUUUAUAUGAGAGUAUCUCAUUUGACAUGAUUAAACACUAUAUUCAUCCCAUUUAGUAAGUGUUUCAGGUAUAAUCAUUUGAAUGCAGUAAAUAAGUAUUACUGACUCUGAUCAUAAUAAUUGAAAAAUAAACAUUUAAAGAGUAUAAGUGUAUGGUUAAAGGCUGAAUUAGCCCAGAGGUUAGGUAGAUAAACUUUCUACUGCAUGUAGUUAUACUUUAAAGAGGUAGUUUGUGUCCUGUAACUUAUUUUGUCUCUAAAAUUUUGAUCAGUUUUAUUAUAUACAAAUGCCAUUGAUAUUACAGAGUGCCACACAAGAGAGGCUAUAGAAACUGUGACCAAAAGCAAAGGCACUGUUGCAGAACCCAUGAACAGAAAUUAAAGGAAAACACUAUCUUCUCUAACACACCUUCCAGACAUUUGUUUAAUGUUGAGUUUUUCAUCUUUAUUUCGAUUCUGGUGAGCAUUGUCUGAUAGCCACACAACAACAGUACAAAGAUGGCAACACUUUUAAAUUUUAUCCACUUAGUGGUAUUAGAAGUAUGAUAGUUAGAUCCAUUAAUGUUGCUUUCUGAAAAAAAGAGCUGAUGGAAGGUACGAACAUUAAGAGGGAACAGCAGUGUGAAUCAUUAAAAAUGUACUGCUAGACAGAAUCUGGAGGUAUUUCCACCACUGAUCUGUGUAACAACUCAGUUUCAAUUCAAUGAAUAUUGCUAAUAUCACUGCAUUGUUGAGAGGUCAAAAUCUCAGCUACUGUUUUCUCUAUUCUUUCCCUACUCUUUCCUUUAUUUUCUCCUGCUCAGCCACCACCCAGUCCAGAGACAAUGGCUGUUAGUGUAUGCUUAACUAAACUUUAAGGGAUGGCACAAAAAUAGAAAACUAUUGUAAUUGUUUGUUAAUUCAUUGUGAGGGCAAUGUAGUCACAGCACUGUUCUGCUUUACUGCUCUCUGUAAGCAUUAUGAAAAAGUACCACUUCAGAGGAAUUACACUGCCUCAAGAUAAUGGCCAAAUGUUGUAGAUCUUGAAACAAAUACUGGUCAGUAACAUUACUGAAACAUAAGGAUCACACAACUAAAGCACUUUUCAGGCUUGUGCAUUAUUAAAAUGCAAAUAAUGAUAGAUAGAUAGAUAGAUAGAUAGAUAGAUAGAUAGAUAGAUAGAUAGAUAGAUAGAUAGAUAGAUAGAUAGAUAGAUAGAUAGAUAGAUAGAUAGAUAGAUAGAUAGAUAGAUAGAAAUACAGAUAAAUAAGUAGUUUGAUAUUACAAAUGGAAGUUAGAAGUCUUGUCCUCCAUAAUUUCCAGACCAUCAAACCAAAGACUACUAGUAAGGAACACAGUAUGGCAGCAUAGGAAAAUCUUCUAAAUGUAAUUUAUUGAGAGACAAAAAAAUUCAUUAUAAAUCUGGAUAUUGUAUUACACAUUAUGCCUCUCUUUGCAUUACAAUUGUCUGAUUGUUGAAGAAUUUAUACACUUAAAAUCAGCAUUUGAUGAAGUAAUAUGUAAUGGCGGUGACAAUGAAAUUAGUUUAGCUGGAGAAAUGUAUGAAAGAAGGGGGGAAGAAUAGACAAGAAAAUAUUUGAAUUUUCUUCACUUUAUACUAUACUGUCUUGAUGUUCUGUUGGAAAGCUGGCCAAUUGCAACUCAUCCUCCAGUUACCAUUUAGUUCCCUCACACCACUCUGAAAAAUGACCAGCACAUUCCCCUCUGAAAAUCCACCAAGAGCUUGGGCAGUCAUUACUGUCCUGCAUUGUCCCCACAGAGUUAAGCUUUUACCAUGAAGCCAUUGGCUAAAAAGAGUCUGAGUGAGCCUUAAAUAUUUUAUUGCAGCUCUGAGGACAGGGCCAUCACAGACCAUUAAUGCAGCAUGUAAUAUCUUGUAAGGGCGAUCAGUAAGUUUGCUGUGUUAACACUGUUUCAUUGGAGGCAUGAUGCACAAAAGUAUGAUGAUAUGGAUUUGAACCUGCUGAAAAGACACUGAACAUAUGUCAAACAAAACUAGCCAUUAUGAAGUCAAAUACAGAGAAGCAAAUUGAUAAAGCUGAUUCAGCAAUAGUAAAGGAGAGAGAAAAAACAGUUAAUAAUUCUAUAGUAGUACAAUAUAUUGUGUUAUGCAACCACAAACAAUAAUGAAUACACCUGGAAUAAUGUUAAAUCUUUAUUUUGUUUUAAUGUGAUGUUUGAUGUAGUUAUUUGUCUUUUCGAGUGUCCUUAAUACCCACUGAAGAAAAGGGCAUCCACAUCAAAGGAAGCUCACAUUUUGAGUUACAAAGGGUGAUACUAAUAGCUUAACAGUGCUACUUUUAUAUGAUAAAAUGUUUAUGUUUCUUCUCAUGAGACAGUAUGAUGUCCCCCUUAAAUGAUUUAGGUUUUUUUUUUUUAAUCUUCUGUAUCAUAAACUCUCUCUUUCUCUAUAUAUCUUUUUUUUUUUUCUUUUUUUGCAUAAAAUGCAUAUGGUUUUGGGCGUGUAAAUUGAAUUUUUGUACAAAUCAGAAUUCUUGUACAAUUUUAUAUUAAAGAUUUAUGAGUCACUGG